AUGACGAGCUGGCCCCCUGCCACGACGCCGCGGGGGGCACCUGGUCCUUGUGCCCGAGUACGCCGCAUCGCUGCGCACGCUGUCCUGAAUGUUUCGGGUACUGCCUUAGCCCGUCUCUACACCAUCCCCAGGGAGGCCUACCGGCGCGUCCGGCUCUUUGUGCUCGAGGACCCUGCCGGGCCCGACGCGACUGCGUCAUGGCGCCUGGUUGACCAAGAACUCGGGUUCAACGCCACGUUGUUGGGGAAUGGGCUUGUGCUAGGCCUGAAUGGCCCAGUUCCUCCGCGAGUUGAACAAGGUCGAAAUGUAGCCGGUGUCCAACUGCCCAUUAUGCUCCUGAACCAGUCCAACAAUCAGUGCACAAAGGGACUUCCUCGAGCCAGCCUUUGUCAACAUACCAAGGCCAGAAAGACGGUUUCAAACAUGCUGAGAUUCAAUAUACAAACCCAAGGCGAUAUUGCACAUGCCAUCCCAGUCCGGAAAGUCAGUUGCUCCGACGUCGGCCAGCCGCACUAUACGCAAGUCACUUGGAAAGAGGGCGGCAUCAUGCCUCCCCAGCGGCACAAGGUCUAUGGAGAUACGGUAUAG